AUGACUAUUGAAGAAGGCACCCACACUCUUCCCGACGGGACUCAGCUGUACACCAAGACAUGGAAGGUUGGUCUAUCUUCGGCAUCGAACCGUGGAAAGGGGCCAGACGGAACAACGAAGGCAGUGUUGGCCUUUGUCCAUGGAUUCAGUGAUCACUGCAAUGCCUACUACGAACUAUUCCCAAACCUCGCAUCCUCCGGUAUCGAGGUUCGAGCCUUUGACCAACGAGGCUGGGGUCGCACCGUCAAACGUCCCAAAGACCGAGGCAACGCUGGCGGCACCGCCCUCGUCCUCUCAGACAUCCACUCAUUCCUCCUCGGCGUAAGUCCCCCACCCAAGACCCCCCUCUUCCUCAUGGGCCACAGCAUGGGCGGCGGCGAAGUCCUAAACUACGUCCUCCACCCGGACUCCCCCUACACCACAUCCAACACCCGCCCCCAACUCGCUGGCGUAAUGGUCUACUCCCCCCUCAUCGGCCUGGACCCAGCAACCCGCCCCUGGGCCAUAACUGUCUUCCUGGGACGUCUGGUCGCCCGCAUCAUACCGCGAGCGCAGCGGCAUUCGCCGCUAGACACGAAGCUAGUGUGUCGGGAUGAGACGGUUGUGGCCGAUUAUAUCGCGGACGAAUUGUGCCAUGACAUGGGGACGUGGGAGCAGUUGGUGGGCAUGUUGGAUCGGGGGCUGUGGUUGGAGAAUUUGCAGAGUGGGGAUUUGACGGAGGGCAAACUUCUGCCCAUGUGGCUUGGGCAUGGGGAUGCGGAUCGGAUUACUAGUUGGGCGGCGACGAAGAAGUUGAGUGGUGUUUUGGGGGUGAAGGGGGAUGUUACUUUUGUGUCGUAUGAGGGGGGUUAUCACCGGGUACAUAUGGAUCCUGGCGAGGUGAGGGUUCGGUUUGUGAAGGAUGUGACGGAUUGGGUGUUGAAGAAGGCUGAAGGUACUGAGGCUGCUGCUGAGUGA